UCAAGCACAAAGGACAGUAAAUCAGGACACUAUAAAAGAGCAUGAGGGUCUGUGGGGAUGACAGAGCAAGAGCUGGACACGAACAUCAGUGAAGAAUGAAGGGUUGGUUAUGUACGCUGCUGCUGCUGGAAAGCUUUGUGUUUGUGGUACAGCAGCAGGUAGAUGGAGGACUCGCUGAGAAUGAGAUCAGUCAACAGCUCAGCAAUGAGGACAGAAGACAGAAUCCACCUCAGACAGACUCUCUGAGAGAUGAAGCUUCGACUGACAGCCAACAAUACUGCCAUCUGAGCUUCCCUGACAUCCACGCAGCACUGAGAGAGCUGACCGCCACCGUUACAGAGCAGAAAGCCAACAUCAGAGCUUUAGAGACACAGCUGAGAGAAGAGCUGAACAAGAAAACUGAUGCCUUGGAGACACGACUGAAGGAUGCAGAGAAAACUGCAGAACAACAGACGGAAGAGCUGAACAAGAAAAAUGAUGCCUUAGAGACACGACUGAGGGAACAACAGACGUUCAUCCUGGAAGAAAUGAACAAGAAAACUGAUGAAAUUUCUAAUCUUACUGAGAGUCAAGUGGAGGAGCUGAGAAAGGAAAAUAGAGACAGAGAGAUAGCAUUUUCAGCUUCACUGAUGGAGUCUGGCGGUGGACAUAUCGGUCCUUUCAGCACUGAUAUCACACUAACCUACAGGAACGUCUUCACAAACAUAGGGAACGCCUACAACCCAAUUACAGGUAUUUUCACAGCUCCACUGAAAGGAGCGUACAAGUUCACCUUCUCUAUCAUUGGUCGUGGUAAUCCUUCAACUGCAUCAACUGUCUUCAUUGUGAAGAACGGAGAGAAGGUGGUUACAGCACAUGCUCAUCAGGAUCAGUAUGAUGUACACUCCUCAAAUGGAGUCGUGUUGAUCCUGGAGGUUGGAGAUGUCGUCUAUGUGAGACUUUGGUCUGGAAGAUGGAUAUAUGAUGACCAGAAUAACCACAGCACUUUCAGUGGUUACCUACUGUUUCCCUUAAAAUAACAGGAGCUUAGCAGAGUGUGAUUCCAGUAAAACUGAACCUUUAGCAUAUGAUUUAAAAUCAUGAAGAAUCAUUAACAUAUGAACCUGUAUUAAUGAUAGUUGACUGUAUGAAAGUCAGUAUAAUAUGCUAUACUCAUAUGUUCAGAGCAGUCUAUACAUGUACACGAUGCAUAAAGAGUUUCAGCACUGAAAUCUAGAAUGAUAAAUAAUAGCUUUUUAAGUGUAGCUUAUUACUAAUCUUUGUUCUGUAUAUAUUCAUCCUACAUUAAUAAGAGAAUAAAGAGACAUCAUUAUUCCA